AUGAGUGAUUUUGAUGGAUGUGUUCACACAGCUCACUGUGAAAACAAUGUUUUUGUUGGUAAUAAUACCACAGAAUAUAAUCAAACUAAUAACUGUAGUAAUAUCACAGAACAAUGUAAAAUUAAAAAGAAUACAUUUGAUAUUAAAAAAAAUGUUAAUUUGAAUAAAAAGCAAAAAAAUAUAUCAUUUUCAAAUGAAAAGCUUUGGGAAAUAAACAGAGUAAAUCAAAUUUUACAUAAUAAAGUCAGCAAUGGAGUAAAACCUACUUACUCAAGACAAAAUCCUUCAUUUUUUGUAAAAGCUACUUCAAAAAUUAACCGAGAAAAGAAACAAAAAGAUAUUGAAAAAUCAAAUAAAGUAAGUUAUCAACAUAAAGGUUUACAAUUUCUUUAAAUGUAAAUAAGUUAGAAUUAUUUACAUAAGUCUUUUACAUAAUCAAAAAAAUAGCAGAGUAAGAAACUUGAUGAGUUAGUUAAAGCUAGAUUUAAAUUUUAUUUUGCAUUAAAAACAUAUUUUAAGUUAAGUUUUCUGUUCUUAGGGCAUAUUUCUUCAUUUGAUAGUUAUUUUUUUGAGGUUCUUAUUUCAUUUAAUAAUAAAACCAAAAUUAUUUUUUGGUAUUAUUAUUAUUGGUAUAUUAUUAUAUUAUAAUUUUUUUUUUUUUAACCAUAAUUUAAAUUAAUUUUUAAUUCUUACAAUAUUAUAUGGUUGUUGACUGUUUGCACGUUUUUCUUAAAGAAGCCUAACAAUCACCGAUUAGAUUAAUUUCCGGGUUAUAAUUCUAUUUAUAAACAGUAAAUAAAUUGCUUAUAAUCUAUAUCACAAAAAUCAUAAGUAUUACUGUCUUAGAUCAUAUAUAAACGAACUUCACUCAGAAUCGUUUUUCGUUAGAAAUGGUUUAUCGUAUAGAUGUAAAUUAAAUAACUUUAUGUGGUAUGUUUAUAAGCAGUAUAUGCUUUUUUUAUUGUUACCUAGUACAAAAAAAAAAUGGACAUACUUCGCACGAUGGGUGGUCCACUGGAAUCUCGGAAAAAAAUAACAAUUUUAAAAUUUUGAAUAUAAUAAUUGAUUAUUACAUAAAAAACAAAUGAUAUUAUCAUAAUUUAUAUAACACUAGAAAACUUUGACACUUAAGUGACUUUUGACAGACUAAAUUUAGUACACUCAAAUUAUAGCAUGAAAGUAUGAAAAAAGUAAUUUCAAUGAAUAAAUGGAAUGAAAGAUAUAUUGUAACCACUUAUUAUUUUAAAUAUUUUAAAUUUUUAAGUCUUGACUUUUUUGACAUAACUUUUUUUCUCAUAAUUUUUUACAAUUAAUACACCAAUAUUUCUCAUAAGAAAUAUAUUUUUUAUAUUUUAUUAUUUUUAAAAACUAUGUUAAUUAAACAUAUUUUUUUUAUUUUUCAUAAUUAGUUAAUAUAUUUAACAUUUUAAAAUUGUUGUUCUUUUUUACCAAUUACCGGUCCAUUGUUGUAGGUGGGAAGGUAGGAUAAACUAUAUGGAUGGAAAUUGAAUGUAUAUUUGUUUGAAACGACUAGUCAUAGCUAACGAAAAACGAUUCUGAGUGGAGUUCGGUUAUAGGUACAUGUUUUUAAAGGCCGUAAUAUUUAUGAUUUUCGUCAAAAUUCAAUAGGUAUUAUAAUUCUUAGUAAACUACUUAGUACCUAUACUUAUAAUACUAGAUAUAAAUAUGUUUUUUUUUUCAGAUUUUAGCAAACAAGUUAAAAAAUGUGACGUCUACUAUUUAAAUUAAGCAUCAAACAUUUGUAAAUAAUAAAACCGCGUUUACUGAAUACCUGUAAGAAUUAGGUAUGUAUUUUAAAGAAUUUCAAUUUUUGGGAGUUUUUUGCUGUAAUUCGGUUAUAAACACAUAUAGAGACUUGAAACUUGGCAAUAAUACUUAUAUUGGACUUACCUAGAAGUGAUCAAUUUUACAAAAUCAUCGGACGCCUUUUAUUUUUUUAAUA